AUGUCAAUCUCUCGAUGCUACGAAAACCCACCAAGCUUCAGCCCAGGCUCGGGCGCAGGGACUGUUCAAGAGGUAGGAGGAGGCGGCCGUCUCAAGGCGUAUGUCACCGGACCCCUGGAUUCCAAGCUUGCCAUCCUUUUCGUCUCCGACGUUUUUGGGUAUGAAGCUCCGAACUUGAGGAAACUUGCAGAUAAAGUUGCAGCUGCCGGAUUCUUGGUGGUGGCUCCUGACUUCUUCUAUGGUGACCCUGUUGAUCUUAGUAACCCCAACUUCGAUCGACAAGUAUGGAUAGCGGCUCAUGGAACGGAUAAAGGAUGUGAGGAUGCCAAGGCAGUAAUUGCUGCCUUGAGAAGCAAAGGGGUGUCAGCCAUAGGGGCUGCAGGCUUUUGCUGGGGAGGGAAGGUGGUUGUUAACCUGGCAAGCUCCGAUCACAUUCAGGCUGCAGUGGUGUUGCAUCCUGGUCGCAUCACUGACGAUGAGAUCAAUGAGGUCAAGACUCCAAUUGCCAUAUUGGGAGCUGAGAUCGAUGAUGCUUCCCCACCUGAACAAUUGGAACAUUUCGGAGAAAUCUUAUCUGCAAAAUCUGGGAUAGAUUGCUUUGUGAAAAUAUUCCCCGGUGUUGCUCAUGGGUGGACGGUGAGAUACAGUGUGGAGGAUGAAUGGGGUGUAAAGAGUGCGGAAGAGGCUCAUGGUGACAUGUUAAACUGGUUCAGUAAGUAUAUGAAGGAAGAAUGAACCGCAGAUCAGUAGAAGAACAACCUGUAAUGAUCCAGAGUUCAUAAUGCUCGUUCAUCUCUCUAUGUGCUGUUUCAGGAUUGAUCAGUAGCCAUCUGAAAGCUUUUUUCC